AUGGUUUCCAGUCAAGUCCUCCCCGAUGGCGGAGAUGUAUAUCGGGAUUACCAAGAACUCUGCAAGAAACACCGGCCCGGUACCGAGCUACACAUCCUGGAAAUUUUGCGCAAACGGUAUCCGGGAUACCACGUUGUUUGUGCUUCGCAAUCCGAUUGCGAUCUACUUGGAUAUGCCGAGGCCGGCCUGGCAGUUGUAGAGCUAGACGCCGAUGACGAAAACCUCGAUUUCAGCCGUGGUUACAAAUCACCGGACAACCGUCUGGAAGAGAAGCCAGGAAUCCUUAAAGACGACGUUCGGUUUGGACGCUUUCGCUACUCCUGGAAGGGGCGAGAUUUUAUUCUCUACAAAAUAUCUCACACACGUAUGUCCGACUGGGCCCAGGAACUUUUAUUCGUCUUAUCCAGACGCACUGGAGAUAAAACUACCACUAGCCGCAAUACUGCCAUCGAUGAGCUCCUCCUGGAUGUGGGCACAUGGACCGGGAAAAUUCACGAAGAAAUUUUUGUCUUCGACGAUGGAUACUGGCAAAAGAGCAGUUCACUCUGGAAAAGCAUACAAAGGGCAUCUUGGGAUGAUGUUAUCCUUGACAGCAAAACGAAGCAGAGCCUGAUUCAAGAUGUGGAUGGCUUUUUCGACAACCGCAAACUGUACGCGGAGUUCUCAGUCCCGUGGAAACGAGGCCUGAUUUUCCACGGCCUUCCUGGAAAUGGCAAGACUCUGUCCAUCAAAGCAUUGAUGAAUGCGCUUUCAGCUCGCCCAGGUCCGGUUCCUUCACUAUAUGUGAAAGCUUUGGACAAGAGCUGCGGCACUGAUCAGUCUUCUAUCCAAUCAAUUUUCCAACAUGCACGGGUAAAUGCUCCCUGCCUUCUUGUCUUUGAGGACCUGGACAGCCUCAUCACAGACGAAACGCGCAGCUACUUCCUCAAUGAGGUGGACGGUCUUGAAUCAAAUGAUGGGAUAUUGAUGAUAGGAUCCACCAAUCAUCUCGAGAAGUUGGACUCCGCCAUUUCAAACCGGCCCAGCAGAUUUGAUCGCAAGUACUACUACAAGCUUCCUGAUCAUCAAAUGAGGUCAGAUUAUUGCCAGUACUGGAGGAAGAAGCUGGAGAGUAACAAGACAAUUGGCUUCCCAUCUGAACUCUGCCCAGUUAUUGCGAGCCUUACCGAUGGUUUCACUUUCGCUUACCUGAAUGAGCUCUUCGUUACCACACUACUUGCCAUUGCUCGAGGGGAUCAAAGCAUCAAAGAGGCAAUAGAAGGGGCAAAUGGAGAAUAUUCAAGCACUCCGGGACCAGAGUCAGAUUCCAAACACUCGGACAAUCUAUCAAUACCGGAAGGUCUGGAGGAAAAUGUUGUUUUCAAAGUCAUUCGGGCCCAGGUCAAGAUUCUCGUGUCGGAGAUGGGCAACUCGGAAAGUGAGAGUAAAACCGCGGAGGAGAAAGUGGAAGAUAAAUCGAGUAACUAGAUAUACUCACAAUUCUAGAAUCUCUUUUCC